AUGCGGCCUUGUAUAACCAGGGAACAGAAUGAUGAUUUGCUACGACCCUUUGAGCCGGAUGAGGUACGGAGUGCUUUAUUUUCUAUGGGCAAGGAUAAAUCACCGGGACCAGAUGGCAUGAACCCAGGCUUCUAUCUGGCAUUCUGGGAUGUUAUUGGUAAGGAUGUUUCUGAUUUUGUGCUUCAUUGCUUAUCUGAGAAGUCUUUUCCUGCUAAUUUGAAUGAUGCCAAUAUUGUCUUGAUACCCAAAAAAUGCUCCCCUGUGUCUGUGUCUGAUUUAAGGCCAAUAGCUUUAUGUAAUGUGCUGUUGAUCUCAGAUAAUAUACUAAUUGCGUCUGAGGUUGGCCAUUAUUUGAGGAGGAAACAAUUGGGGCAGAUGGGUCCAGUUGGUAAUGAUGUGUGUGCAGUCAGUGCGGACUCUCAGGCUAAAGGGCUAUUACAUGGUUGUAGAGUGGCCAGGGGGGCACCAUCUAUCUCACACUUGUUUUUUGCAGAUGACAGUUUGCUUUUCUUUAAGGCUAACUUGCAGGAAGCAUUGGAGGUGAGGAAAUGUCUGGGAAUUUAUGAGUCUUUCUCGGGGCAGGCAGUUAAUUUCCAGAAAUCAAGUAUUACGUUUAGUCGUAAUACAGUUGUGGAGGUUAGGGACCUGGUCGCGAAUGCUUCGGGGGUGGGCCAGGCUGAUGAUUUCGGCAAGUACCUUGGUUUGCCUUCUGUUGUAGGUCGGAAUAGGAGAGCGGUUUUCGCAUAUGUUGAGCAGAAGUUGAGGCAGAGGUUUGGUUCAUGGAACAAGAGACUGCUAUCCAAGGCAGGGAAGGAGGUGCUUCUGAAGAGUGUGGCUCAGGCGAUGCCUACCUAUACAAUGAGCAUUUAUUUACUCCCUUUUACAUUGUGUAAUGCUCUAGAAAGAUUGAUGAACAGGUACUGGUGGGGUCAGAAAGGCUCACAGGGUAGCAUUCACUGGAUGUCCUGUGACCGAAUGUGCGUGCCUAAGAAGUUUGGAGGUAUGGGUUUUAAGCGCCUGCAUGAGUUCAAUAUUGCACUUUUAGCUAAGCAGGGGUGGCGGCUAUUAACCAAUCCUGGGUCCCUUGUGGCUCGGGUUUUUGGGCCAGACUUGUUAGAUAAUACCACCAACGGGUGGAAUGAUGAUCUUAUUCAGCAUCUGUUUGCCCCACGCGAUGUGUUGCUAAUUAAGCAACUCCCUGUUAAUAUGGAGUGUGAUGAUGUAUGGUUUUGGGACAGGGAUCUGAGGGGUUGCUACUCGGUUAAGGAUGGUUACAGGAGGUUGGGCGAAGUUAAUGGUCCAUGUUUGCCUGUGUGGGGUAAACUAUGGAAUUUACAGGUCCCCGCAAAAUGGAAGAACUUUCUGUGGAGAGCUCUGUCUGACAACUUGCCCACUCUCAACAAUUUAAUUAAUAGAAGGGUUGAGUUGGUUAAUAUUUGCCCAGCUUGUGGAUUGGAGGAGGAGAAUGUUAUGCAUAUUUUAUGUUCUUGUUCUUUUGCUACACGUGUAUGGGGUUUAUCUCAACUGCUUAUUCCCUCUUUUGACGGCAGGAAUUUUGGACAAUGGACGGAGCUAUUGCUUGGCACCUCGGCCACUUACAAUUCUGAAGCACAAGGGAGGAUUUGUGGUUUGUUAUAUGAUAUUUGGACUGCCAGGAAUGAGGCAGUUUGGGAUGGUCGUUUGCCGGUGCCGUUUGUAGUGGUCCAGCGGUUCACGGCUAGGUGGGCUUCUUGGAUUGCAAGCGAACAACACCGCAACUCCACUCGAGUAUCACACGCACCCCCAGGGCCGGUUUCGGCUUUAGAUGAUGGCGUGAUUUGUCGUGUAGAUGCGGGCUUCCAUGGACCAAAUCAUGCACCAGCGUUUGGUUUUGUUGUAUAG